AUGGCCGACCACGCAACAAAUGAAUACACAAGCUCAACUCGAGCACAAAAUGACGAAAACGACCUCUUUGCCGCGAUCGGAAAGCAGGUCAUGGGUCUUCAGAUAGACGAUGAAGAUACUGAUAUCGCUGAAGAUGAUAGAGUCAAGGUCGUAGAUGAAAUCGAGAGUCUAUGCAUGAAUUGCGAGGAAAACGGAAUGACCAGAUUGCUUCUAACUAAAAUACCAUUUUUCCGCGAGGUCAUCCUCAUGAGUUUCUUUUGUGAUCAUUGCUCUUUUCGAAACAAUGAAAUUCAACCGGCUGGACAGAUCCAGGAGCUGGGUUCCAAAUAUAUAUUCAAAGUAACUCAUGAGGACGACUUACAACGGCAACUCGUUAAGAGUGACACUGCGACACUGAACAUCCGCGAAUUGGAACUCGAAAUUCCUGCCAAGAACGGCCGGCUAACCACCAUCGAGGGUGUACUUACUGAAGUCCUCGUAGGUUUAGAGGCUGGACAGAAAGAUCGCAAGAAGGUAGAUCCGGCAAACUAUGAGAAGAUUAGUGCAGUCGUCCAGUCACUAAUCAGAAUGUCAAAUGGCGGUAAUCUACCAUUUACAAUCUCAAUCGACGAUCCUGCUGGAAAUUCUUCAAUUGAACCAUCACUGCACGAUUCGGCUGUAAAAGGCAAGUACGUCAAUGAGCGAUAUUCAAGAAGUCCUGAACAAAACAUAGCUCUGGGCUUAGGUGGUGAUCAGGAAUCUGUUGCGGGUAAGGAGGAACUUGUACCGCAGGUAGGGCCGGAUACUGGAGAGGGCCUAGAGGACGUCGAUAUUCUUGAAGGCCAAGUUUACGACCUCCCCAUCCAAUGCCCUGGCUGCAACAUGGACGCUCAUAUGCUUCUGCAAAUGGUAAAUAUCCCUCACUUCAAGCAAGUGGUAAUUUCUACGACUCGGUGUGAAUUUUGCAACUAUCGAAGCUCGGAUGUCAAAACUGGAGGCGACGUUCCGGAAAAGGGUCAGCGAAUCUUCCUUGAUGUGAAAGGGCCUGAGGAUUUGUCACGAGAUAUAUUGAAAUCCGAAUCGUGCAUUCUCAAAGUUCCAGAAUGUCAGCUUGUGGUCGAACCUGGCACGAUGGGCGGUCGCUUCACUACCGUGGAAGGAUUGAUCACUCAAGUCAGAGAUGACCUGAAGAGAGACAUAUACGACACGGAUGCCGAAAAGUACGCGCUCGACUCCAUGCCAGAAGAGAAGAAGACCACGUGGGAGAACUUCUUUUCACAACUGGACAAUGCCAUCGAAGGUAAAGUACAAUUCACGAUACAGAUGGAGGAUCCACUGGCUGCUAGCUAUUGCAAAGAAUUUGGCGAUCCCGGGAAAGAUCCAAAUGUCCGUAUUGAAGAAUAUGAAAGGACCGAGGAAGAAAACGAUGCCCUGGGUUUGAGUGACAUGAGGACCCAUUUGAACGAAGAAGGCGAGUACGUCGGAGAGCCUGUAGGUAUCAAAGCCAAAGAAAGCGAAGGGGAGUUGCAAUCUAGACGCCAAGAUCAUCAAAAACAUGAAGACCAAGAGGAGGAGGAGGAGGAGGAACUCUGA